AAGGAUGUCAUAUGGAGUAGGUACUUGCAUCCUGCCUAUGGUAAGGCGUGUUAUUAUGGGUACCGCAAUUGUAGGCAGCUCGUUCAUCGUCUACGAUAUCGGUGUUAAGCCUACAGUAAAGUCAGUAAUGCUGAAGUUGGGUUUCCUGGAGUCUAAGGUUAAGAAGGCUGCUUGAGGCAUUGAAUUGCUCGAAUAUGGACCAUAGCCUCACCAGGUUACGCCAUGUGGGCGCUGUAAUAUCGCGUAAUAGACUUGUUUCCAGGCAUACCAGCGGUUUGAAUCACUAUAUUCUGUUCCAUGGGAUCAUACACCGUGAUCCAGCUUCAAUACGUCCUAUUGAACGUGGGUUCGCUAGUAGUCAUGCUACCGAUUGCUCCCUUAAGGUGGCACUGGACAACAUUCAAAAGAACUACGAGAGUUACUUGGGUACACCAUUACCGGUACAGAAAAAACAACUAAAACAGUCAUGGAAAUCACUGCUGCCAUAUCUAGACCAAUGUGAUGAAAGCGAGAUGGUAAAAGUUUUGCGCGGGUUAAUUACGGUAUCAAAACGUAUCAGAUCGCCAUUGGUACAUCAGUCUGUAGUCUUAAAACUCAUUAAGAACUUGUCUACUGACCGCGAUGUUACACAAGUAGUAAACCCAGGGAGUGAAGUAGAUCAUUGCGUUAGUGAUGAAGCCAAGGUUGCCCUUGUCCUAAGCAGCUUUAGGUUAUGCGAUGUUAAACAUAGCACAAGGGAUAUUAUAGAUGACCUAGUAUCACUGGCAAGCUCAACGCUAUAUAGAUGGGACUUUGUCACUCUUGUAGAUGUUUGCCGAGAUCUGUCGUGGAUAUACCGAUUCUACCAUCACGAGCCAUGCGCAACCUUGUUAAGAAAGGCCUUGAACCUAGCCUGUGACAGUGCAACGAAGCCUGGGAAUGUUGUCAGCAGAAAACAACUGAUUACACUCAUGAAAGCUAUGAGUGCUAUUGGCAAUGACUCGGUGACAAUAACGAACAAGGUUAAUCAUUUGGUCGCUACACUUCUAUCGAAGGAUGAUACAGACAUACCAACGGACAUAACACAAAGGCUAGAGCUACAAUACCGACGCUCUAAGGGCAAUGUGCAUCUACUAUAUGUAGCCCUAGUAAGUGGGUUCCCCGUGAAAACCGGGUUGAUACAGUCGUUACUCAACUCUGUGAUGCAGUUUUGCUAUGAUUACUUCACCACAACGUGCAAGUUCUGGAAGUCUACUGUCUCUUAUAUGCCUCAGCAUGAUUACAAUAACAUCGAUCCCAGGGUGCAUAAUUUACUCUAUGCCAAGUGUCCUAAUAAGGUCAUACGGCUACCAGGAUCACUGGAAAAGGAAAAGCCGCAACAAACUAAGCUUGAAGAGCGAUACCAAGUUGUCAUUGCUGCAUUAAAUCGGUUGGAGCAUAAUAAUAAACAUGCAUUUUGCAGAGGUAUCAAGCUGUGCAGUGCCCAUUUGCGUAUGAUGAAUGGCGAAUUGGAUGAUCGAACGCGUGCAUUCCUUGCAGCGGUUAAUGCAUAUAAACCCGAGGGACUUAUACUACAGCAAUAUCCAGAGCUGUUCGCUGCACUAAGGCAACUUGGAUAUAAACCGGUGCCAAUACUGAUAGAUGGGCUGUUCCAGGUAAACUGUAUUGACCACGAAGGUAGAAUGUACUGCCAAAUGUACAACCAUAAGCAGGCUAGAUAUACGAAACGUGGUAUUACGUAUAACGCCCAGGUGGCACUGGAGCUAAGUUACCUAGAAGCUGCUGGUUGGCGAGGUGCUGUAAUACUGUAUACUGAAUGGCAACGCCUAGACGACCAAUCACGCCUCAAACUACUUAAAGAACGAUUAAACAUUUAA